UCCAAAUAAAUUUUCUUUUUUCCUUUUCCACUUGUCUCUCUCUCUUCUAAAACCCUUUUCUGUUUCAUUGUUCCACCGCCAUCCCUAAAUUUUACAAUCUCACUGCAAUUUUCAUAGCAAAAACCCUAAAUUCAGUUAUGGUGUUGAGUAGAAUCUCAUCUCGAUUCUCAAGGAAUAUGUUGACACAGUGCCGCAACUCGCUACUACUCUAUUAUCGACAGAAUCAACAGCACCAUGUUCCCAUACUUUCAUCUCAGUUUCAUUCAAUUCGCAAUAUAAGAGAAAAGGUGUCUCUAGUACCUGAAUCGGCCUUGCAACGGUUUGGAAUCUCAUCCUCUGCGUCCCCUCAACCUGAUGAAAAAGAAACAUCUCAGUCCCAAGGUGGAGGAGGAAGCGGAGCAGAGAAAGCUUCAGCUUCUGCUGAUUCUAACGUUCAGGAUGAGAAGAAAGAAUCAGAUUCAGAUUUGGAUUUGGAGGACCUUUCCAGGGAGGACCUGGUGAAAUGUCUGAUUGAGAAGGAAGAACUCCUAAAGAUGAAACAUGAGGAAUUUCAGAAAAUGCAAGAUAAGGUUCUUCGAACUUAUGCAGAGAUGGAGAAUGUCAUGGAGAGAACUAGACGAGAAGCAGAAAAUACUAAGAAGUUUGCCAUUCAGAAUUUUGUGAAAGCCCUUCUGGAUGUUUCUGAUAAUCUGGGGAGGGCUUCUUCCGUUGUAAAAGAGAGCUUUUCCAAAAUUGAUGUAUCUAAAGACACAACUGGUGCCGGGCCACUUCUGAAGACACUUCUGGAAGGUGUUGAAAUGACUGAUAAACAGCUGGCGGAGGUAUUCAAAAAAUUUGGUGUUGAAAAAAUUGAUCCUACAAAUGAAGAAUUUGACCCAAAUAAGCAUAAUGCAGUAUUUCAAGUACCUGAUCCUGAAAAGGCUCCUGGAAUGAUUGCUGUUUGUCUUAAGCCAGGAUAUUCCUUGCAUGGCCGAAUUAUCCGACCUGCUGAAGUUGGUGUGACAGUAGCCGUGGAGAGUACAGGGAAUUGAUCAAACUACCAACGUCCAAAUUGGUGGCUCACUACUCACUAGUGUUUUAGAGCGCUUGCAGUUCUAAAAAUCAGAACAUUUUUAUCUUAGGCGAUUUGAGCUCUACAUUCUAUUUCAGGGAAGGUGUUCAUUGUGCAGAUGUUAAACCUACAGCUUCAAUGUUCUUUUUUGCCCUUGUUAUAUGCGAGGUCAAUAAAAUUCUCCAGAGAGUGAGUUUCUGAUCAUAAUGACCAUCUAAAGUUGGAUUUUCAGUUGUAUUUUUUAGUUUGGGUUAUUUAGAGUUGUGUUAAAAUUGAAACAAUCAGAACCCUCUGAUUCAUAAGGCUAUUAUUAUUGUGGGUGGACAACUUCCCCUCUCCACUUCCUUACCAAUACACAAGUGUUGUUACAUGUUUUGUACUUUUUAAGUGAGGAUUUAACUUAUUCUGCUUGAGAGACCGAUCACUUCGGUCAUUGCUAAACCGUAUCUCUGAGUGAAGUCAGUCAGUAUUAUUUUUUCAUCUACAGAGAAAAUAAAGAAACAUACUUCCAGUGUCUGAUUAA